UAUUUCCUCCAUUGCUGUUACGGGCCGUGUCUUCACGUAUUAUUGCGUGUGUUUCUGAACGUAACUUUUACAGGCCUGUCGGCAAUCACACGUGAAUUGCUAUUAUUCUGUCAAGAGGCAUAAUACGAGGAAAUGGGACGAACAAUUUAUGUUGAACAGCAUCUUCGCACGUAUUUAGCAUCUUUAACGAAGCCAGAUGGAUAUGUAAUAGGAUUGAUCUUGGGACAGAGCUCUGGACAGAAAGACUACAUAGUGCAUUUAGCAAAGACUCCACCUCCUCUCACUAAAAAUGUUGUGGAAGAGACAUUAAUUAGUUCUACGGAACCUGCAGAACAGGAUGUAGCAAAUACAUAUAUUAAAUCUGUCAAGGAUAUACCUAUAAGCUGGGUGGCUGAUCAUGCUAAACAUGCUACAAGAAUGUUACCUGGUGGAAUGUGGGUACUUGGUGUAUUUAUUGUUGGACCUGAGGAUACUUUAGAUAAUACUAGUAAUGUACAGAAAAUUAAAUCGGUUCUUAGUGCAAUUCACAAAACUUUGUCUUGGAAUAAUAAGCACCUUUAUGGAAAUAAUCAAGAUGAAAAACUUAUAUUAAGUUUCAACAGUAUCACACAAAAAUACGUUUGCAAGUCUAUAGAUGUUGCUAAAGAUGGCAUAUUAAAACCAGCUGACUGGAAAUUUCAAGAAAAGUCUACCAAAUGGCACCAACUCGAAGCUUUUGUAGACUUUGACAGAUUAUAUCUUAUCGCUGCAGACAAGGAUCCUGAAACUCUCAAAAAACAGUUACAGAAUAUCUUGACAAGCGUGGCAGAUACAAUCGAUUCUUCGCUUGUUGUUAUUGAGGGAGAAGUCAGAUCUCCGGACGAUACGCUGGAAAUAAUUAGCAAAAGAAAAAAGGACAGCAAAGAGUGUAAAAAUAAGAAAAAUGAUAACAGCAAUUCGCUUCAAGUUAAUUUGUACAUUCCCUGUUCGCAAAGUGAUACUAAGUCGGAUAUAAGAAUAACAUCAUGCAGUGCAUCGAUACGACUUAUCGGGCAAUUAGUCAGUAGAACAUUUGUACAUCAGAAAGCUGGUAUUGCGGAAGCUAACAUGGCUGUGAAACAAGAUAUCAUGAGAUCUCUGGCAAGCAGGCUGGAAAUGCACUGGGAUAGUUUAAUAGAGGAAGAAUUUGGUUAUCCCGAAGAGGAUAUCACGUUGCAUGAACCACCAAGAAGAGUAUUAAUAGCGUUACCGGAGAAUAAAGUCACAUUAUCGGAUUAUCUCUUCCCUGGAGAAGGGCCGGAAGAAGCGUUACGGUCACUGCAAGAGCUUCUGGAUGUCGAAGUGCAAGAGAGUCAAGUCCAAAAGGAAGUGGAACUACAAGCUGAUUCUACAGAAUUUUACUGCCAAAGUGAUGUCAAUACUAAAUUGUCAGACAAUAAUACUGAUACAAACAGAAAUCAUCAAAUGGCCUAUUGUCUUACCGGCAUAAGCGUUGGGCUUAUUAUAUUGGUGGUAGCUGUUCUUGUGCAUCAACUCACCAUUUAAAAUAUAUAUUCGUAUUUUAUUAAUAAUGCACAUAAGAUUUUAACUAUUGUAUAUCGUGCAAUAUACAAUACGCAAUAAACAGUAUAUUAUUUUGAAACUACGUAAUACACACACACAUUUGUAAAUUUUGAUGUAAAAAUAUUA